CGCGCGCCAGCCGCGCCACCAUCAGCCUUGGAAAACAGGCGUGGAUUCAAGUCAGCGAUACAUUCAACAACGCCCUCUGCAUCAACCGCCACCCGACGACGAAACGAAAUCCGAACAUGGCUUCCUCAGACACGGAAUCUGGUGGUCAGCGACCCAUGCUGGCCUCUCAACGCAAAGACACGCCCUCCGAAGCCACUAGGACUCAGGGAAAGGCUGGCUACUUCCCUCUAGGCUACAAGGAGGGCUUCUCUCAAUGGUGGGCUGGUCUCUCUCCUGCUGUCACCGAACACCGCGUGCUCUCCUUCAUCCCUCAUCUCCAGAAGCCUCCGACCCACACCCAGACUGGCUCUGCUCCCGCUUCGACGAACGCCUCAACUCAGGACAUCACCAAGUCCGAAGACCGCAAGGCUGAGCCUGUCACCACAUCCUCCAUCAACGAUCCUUACGGACCUCGCAAAUGGAACUCGGACUUGGUGGAAUUGGCUGGAAAGAGUCGCUUCUUGAACGAAUUCUCGGUUGAGAGAAUCGGUGAACAUGUCGACAACAACCUUGUCAUGAUCCAUGGUUACGGUGCUGGUCUUGGUUUCUUCUACCGCAACUUCGAAAGUCUGUCAAGAUUGCCUGGCUGGAAACUCUAUGCUCUGGAUAUGCUUGGUAUGGGUCGCUCGUCACGCCCGCCGUUCAAGAUUCACGCAAAAGACCGUCAGGGCAAGAUCGAAGAGGCUGAGAGUUGGUUCAUCGACGCUCUGGAAGAAUGGCGCAUCAAGAAGGGUAUUGAUCGUUUCACUCUGCUCGGUCACAGCAUGGGUGGUUACAUGGCUGUCGCAUACGCCCUGAAAUACCCUGGUCACCUCAACAAGCUGAUUCUCGCAUCGCCUGUCGGUAUUCCUGAGGACCCUUACGCUGUCAACGCAGACAUGCCCGAGCCGGAAGAUUCGACCAUGGUCAACGAGUUCACUCAAGACCAAGGAAACUCAGCCAAUGGCACAAAUCCAGACAUUUCAGCUUCGGCAAAGACCGGCGACAACAAUAACUUCCUAAACGCGAAGGCAAAGCGAGAUGCUGCCAACAACAGCGGCAAGCCUCCUAAGAAGCCCUUACCGAAAUGGCUCACCACUCUCUGGGACGCAAACAUCUCACCCUUCUCCUUUGUCCGCUGGUCUGGCCCUCUAGGCCCUCGUCUAGUCUCAGGCUGGACAAGUCGCCGCUUCAGCCAUCUCCCUGCCGAUGAAUCACAAGCUCUUCAUGACUACAGUUACUCGCUCUUCCGCCAACGUGGAUCGGGCGAAUACGCUCUCGCAUACAUCCUCGCCCCGGGUGCCUUCGCCCGUAGCCCCCUGAUUCGCCGUAUCCAAGGUGUAGGCCGUCAAUGGAUUUCAGAAUCUCAUUCAGCACCUACACCUGAUGAUACGUCUUCCGCACCCACUGGUCUGUCUAGGGUCCGCGAAACAGGCAUUCCAGUCGUCCUAAUGUACGGCGAAAAUGACUGGAUGGACAAGGACGGCGGACGCGCUGCAGCUGAAAAGAUUGAAGCCGAGAAGCAAAAAGCUCUUGCCACUGCUACAGACGAGGAGAAGGCAAGGGAGAAUGGUGAUGCUAAGGUCGUGAUUAUUCGCAAGGCUGGCCAUCAUGUCUAUCUUGAUGGAGCGGACCAUUUCAACUCGGUCAUGGAUGAGGAGAUGAGAGAUGUAGAGGCCAGAGACAAGAAGCUAGGAUUUAUGAAGAAGUAGAGAAGGGGCGAUUCUUUUGAUACCACAUUUGAUUUUGAAGCUUUGGAGUUUGUUUUCUGGGAUCAGGGAGAAGCAAAGUGCAAGGAUACCUACUAGAUACACGCAUUUUGGGGCGAUUAGAAAAACAAUAGCAUUAUUAGACAUUUUUCACUCACGACAAUCACCUUGGGUUCAACCCCGUCGCGUUCCCGAAGUGUCAAGUUGGCCGAAGCAUCUUUGGUUUCGGUGCCUGGUGUUUAUCAGAAAAGGAUUGAACAUCAUGCAAUCGGUCUCUUCAAGGUCUCAUUGUGAACAACACCACCUCUUGAACAAUCGAGACAACACCAACACAAAGAAGCAUAAAUCCCAUCCCAAAACAUCCAGAAAAAUAAUCUGAAUCUAAGUGCACUUCUUACAUCCCACACUCAUACCACUAUACAAUUCCCUCUCCACCUCCACCU